CCGGCGGCGGCGGCCGCGCUAGCCAUGCCGGAGAGCUGGUCGUUGUUUGAGGCCGCCCAGGACCCUGAACUGCUGCACGGGCUGAGCCUGGUCACCGGAGCUGCUGCGGAUGCGGGUGCUGCGCCGCCGGCUCCUGCGAGCCACGAGAAACCUGCAGCAGCCAGCUGUGAGGGGAAGCCCCAUGGUGUCACCGAGGUGCCAGAGAGGAUGUGCUGCUUGACCUGCGGGCAGGUGUUUGGGAGCCGGGAGGAGCAGACUGAGCACUACCGUCUUGACUGGCACCGCUUCAACCUGAAGCAGCGACUCCUGGGGCGCCGGACGCUGCCUGAGGAAGUGUUUGAGGAGAAAACGCGCACAGGUGAUGUGUCCAGCAUCUCAGGAUCUGACUCGGAUAGCUCUGAUGUGAGCAGUGAGUCAGAGUUGCUGCCCUCUGUCAGUGACACUGGCCAGACGCCCCAGAUUCCCCGCUCCCACAAGGUGCUGCUCCGCAAUGCCAAGGGCCAGCUCAUCUCCGCCUACCGCUGUGUGCUGCUCACUGGGAAGGGUGACAUUGAGGAGCCGCAGGAGCUGACAGCAUCACUGCAGAGCCUCAGUGCAAGCACGUGCUGGGUUGUGCUGAUGAUGGGUGGCGGGCACUUCGCAGGAGCAGUGUUCCGGGGCCUGCAGGUGCAGGAGCACAAGACCUUCCACCGGUACACGGUGCGAGCGCGGCGGGGCACAGCGCAGGGCCUUCGGGAUGCCCAGACCCCGGGCUCAGCCCCCAGAUCUGCUGGGGCCUCCCUGCGCCGCUACAACGAGGCUGCUCUGCUCAAGGAUAUUCAGGACCUCCUGGCAGCCUGGGCACAGCACCUGAGUGAAGCUCAGCGCAUCUUCCUCCGGGCCCCUCAUCACAACCGUGCGCUGCUCUUCGGUGGCAGGAACCCUCCCCUCACUCGAGGGGACCCUCGCAUCUGCCACAUCCCCCUCAGCACCCGCAGGGCCACCCUGCGGGAAGUGCUGCGCGUCCAUGCCGCACUGGCCAGCCUGCAGGUGUACGGGAAGGACACGCCACUGGAGGACAUCACUGGGUUCCCCAGGAAGGUCUGGCAGAAGAGGCAGCAGAAGGCAGAGGUGGAUCCCCCACAGGAGGACACAACUGCCCCAGAGGAGGAGGAGGAAGAGGAGGAAGAAAGCCCUGCAGGGGAACUGGAGACUGUGGAAGUGACACUGGGGACCUUGCACCUCCGGGAGUUUGAAAUGAUGCCCAAGCGAAACCGCAAGAGGAGGAAGAAGAGGGACAAGAAGGUGGAGAAAGGGCCUUGUGGUAAAGAGACUGAUGGGAAGCCUGGCUUGGAGGCAGUGACAGAGCUGCAGGGGGAGGCUGAGGCUGGGCUGCUUCCCUGGAGCAAUGGAGGAGACCCUCAGACCCAGCUCUGCGACGCUCUGUUCACUGCCUGCAAGACAGGGGAUGUGCAGACACUGCGGCACCUCCUGGGAGUGCCAGAGAAUGGGGGCCUACCAGAGCACAGUGAGGAUGGGCAGUCUCUGGAUAUGGCCCGCUCCCUGCUGAACCAGCCCGUGGACGAGCAGGGCUGCACCCUGCUUCACGUGGCAGCUCAGGCUGGCAGGGCUGAGGCUGUGUGUCUGCUGCUGGAGGCAGGAGCGGACCCUGCCCUCAGGGACAGGCAGGAGAGGACCCCAUACUGCAGCUCUGCUGACAGACGGACCCGCAAUGCCUUCCGCAAGUUCAUGGUGGCCCAUCCCGACAAGUACGACUACAGCCGUGCCAAGGUGCCAGGGCCCCUGACACAGGAGAUGGAGGCCAAGAAGCUGGAGAAGAAGCGGGCACAGAAAGCCCAGCGGAAGCAACGGGAGCAAGCACAGCGGGAGGAGCAGCAGCGCCAGGAGCAGGAGCAGGAAAGGAAGCAGUGGUUUGCAGCCCUGUCUGACAGGGAGAAGAGGGCACUGGCUGCUGAGAGGAGGUUGGCUGCACAGCUGCAGGACGCCAGCACGACUCCUGCCAACAUCAGCCGUUGCUGGCAGUGUGGAGAGUCCCUGUUGGGACGGAUCCCCUUCCACUACCUUGACUUCUCCUUCUGCUCCACGGCUUGCCUGCAAACACACCGCCGGGCCCAGGCUGGCCACACCUAACACUGGAGGCUGCUGCCACCUGCCAGGGACCACUGUGGUGGGGACGUGGCUGAGCACUGGCUGUGCAGCAAGGGAGAACCUGUGCAGCAGCGAUGGUCAGAGGCACUGAGCUGGCCAUGUCACUCUCUGGGCAUGGAUAUCACUCUGGGUAGUGACUCUGGCAAAGUUAAUGACUGAGAGGUCUCCAUGUGCUAGUGAGAAGGGCUGGGACUGUUUGGUGGCCUGGCUUCAGCCAGGGGUCCUGCUGCCCACUUUUCUCAUGGCUACCUCACAGGUUGCUACCUGUAGGUGUAAGGACAGAUCCUGACACAUACAGACCCUACAGCCCUGAGCUACCUCCAGCCAUGCCUGUGGACACCAUCAAGGCUGUGCUUCUACCUCUCCUGUCCUGGCUGCCAUCAGCAUCUCAGCCAUUAUGUUAGCAGCUAGUUCCUCUGCCUACAUUGUAAAUAAAGAGGUGCCUUGCCCCCUAGCCAUGGGGGAAUCAGCA